GAAGGUCCCGGAUGUCCGUGCUGAAGAAUAGCUGGUUCACGUGCACUUAACAAAACACAGACGGUUGACAUGUUAGCAGUUUGUCGGUGAAGGCGGAGGACACCCGGGCGCCAGCAGCAGCAGCAGCAGCAGCAGAUGUUAAGACACAAAAGGGUUUGUUAACAACUACCAGCCUCAAGUGGACUCCAUCUGGUGAGAAAUGGCAGAGGGAGGCUUUGACCCUUGCGAGUGCAUUUGCACCCAAGAAUAUGCUAUGAGGCGUCUCAUCAACCUGCUGAGGCAAUCCCAGUCCUACUGCACAGACACAGACUGUCCUCUGGAAUUGCCAGGUCCAAGUGGGUCAGUGGGAGGAGGUGACCUGACCUUCCCCAUGGUCCUGAUGGGAUGGGUAGUCGUGGUUCUGGUCCUGUUCCUGCUACGCCCAUCCAGUCUCAGGCGUUCUCUCCCCUCAGGGAAACCAUCUGGACCCCACAAUGGCCAUGGUAGAGAGCCCCCAGCACCUCCUAUUGACUAGCAUUGGAGCCUGACUACCAGCUCUCCUUCAUCUGCUCUGACUGCAGCUGCACAGUUAAAUACUAGCUGUGACCAAGACGGCUCCAUCUCCCUGUCAACCUUCAUACACGUAUUUUUUUUCUCUUUCUAAUGCCACAGUUUUGCUGGGUAUAUCUGUCUGUUGAUUCUUGUUACUAGAGCCCAGCUGAUACAUGGUUGAUGAGGCCAAUGCAGAUAUGAAAUUUGAAAGUUUAACAUUUCAUAAUAAACGAUUGCAUUACAUCAAACAAAAAUCUUAAAAAUUGGUUUUGUAUAUCUGCAUCAGUUGGGUUCUGCGCUGUGAUUCACCAUCAGAUGGUGUGGUGCAUUCUUCUGAGUCAGUUCCUGAUCUCAGUUCUGGUGUUCAGAAAAUGAGACGCAAGCCGAAACUAAAUGAAUGUGUCACAUGGGUUGGAGGGAAAGUGUGAGCUAGCCGAGUUUCGUUUGGCAGGUAAAUUGUUCCUCUUAUUUUCGCUGAGUAAGUUUCUUCAGACUCUGAAACAUUCCUCCAUUUCUUCUUUGAAGUCUGUAAACGGUGCCAGUAAUGAUGUCAUAUCACAUUUCAUAGCACUUUCAAACCAGCACAAUUACUUUUUAAUUAAUUAAUUUGUUAAUCUCUUAAUUCAGAAUUAGCUUUGGUUACCAUAACAUUGCAUAUUGAUUUCUCGUCUCAUCGCCUUCCACUUAUCCGGCUCAGGGUCGCGGGGUCAGUAGUCUCAGAAGAGAAGCCCAGACAUUCCUCUCCCUGGCCACUUCCACCAACUCCUCUGGAAGGAUCCCCAGGUGUUCCCAAACCAGCUCAGAGAUGUAAUCUCUCAAGCAAGUCCUGGGUCUGCCCUUGGUCUCCUCCCAGAUGCCCGGAAUGCCUCCCAAGGGAGGCGUCCGGAAGGCGUCCUGGCCAGAUGCCUGAACCACCUCAGCUGGCUCUCAAUGUGGAGGAGCAGCAGCCCUACUUUGAGCUCCUCCCGGAUGUCUGAGCUCAUCACCCUUGCAUAUUCAUUUUUACGCAGUAAAAUCAAAAGAGGGCCUUUUCUCUGAGAACAGCUGGCUGUACAACAGCAUCACAAAAGCAAUGAGAGUGAACAAAUACAGUCAGGGGUUUGGCCAGAUGGCUAAACUAUGAGCUGAACCUCGUCAUAGCUACAGAUUCAGGUGAUCAUUUUGUGUAUGUUCAUUACCACAAACCUCUUUCACACUGUCUUUGUGUCUUAUUUUUUGUUUCUCAUUAUAAGAAUGCUGUAGGCACUUUUAAAUAUAAGAUUUGGUUUAUCUCGUACAAGUGAUGUAGAGGGCAGUAUAUUUUCAGUAAUUUUGAUGUGCUAUUGUAUAAAAUGUAAACAAAACAUUUGAUACACAAAACAGUAGAAUCUCCUUUUACUUUUGCCAAAAUUAAGAGUUUCAGGAAAGUCUGGUUUUAAGAAAGUACAACAUAUUCUAGUCAUGUUAAGAUGACUGUAUUAUAAUACUAUUACUUAAUGAAGAAAAUCAUUAUUGUAUAUGGACUUUGUAGUACCAGUAGUCAGGUGUCUUUGUUGGCACUUUUGUUGAAGGUGUGUUGUAGAAAGUAGAAAAUGUUGAUCAUGUGUGGAUGAGGGCUUUUUGUCCUCACUGACAAUCACAGUAAUGUGAUCAUUGGUAGCAGAGUUACAUUUUACCUCACAACUUCUGUAUCAUAACAUGUCCAACAAAUAUUCAAACAGACAUUUUCAAAUUGUGCCAAGUUAUUUUUAUGAUUCUGGUCCAAGGGCCGAUUGAUAGAACCCUUAACGUUUGUGAAUGAACAGCAAUAAUUUUACAUACUUUUUAUUUUAUAUUUAAGUUGCCAAAGGUACAUGGUAAACCCCUAAAUAUUGUUAGCACUGUAUAUGUUACAGGAUUAUCUUAUUGUGUUUAUUUAAUUUGCUAAAUAUGUGAUUUGACAUCUAAAUUCCAAACAUUUCAGCGAUGAAAGGUUUUGUUUUUUUGUCCUCCAAUAUGUACUGUAUGUAAAUGUAAGUAUCAACCCCUCUUUGAUACGAUCUUAAGAAAUGUCUCCUGUUUUGUUAGUCACUAUUAUGUGAAGUUCUUCUAUGCCCCCUAUCAUGGAAACAAAAUCAACAUGUAUAUCUGGUCUUUCUCUCAAAGGUGUCAUUAUAUCUAAUAACUAAAGGGUGUUUUUAAACGUGGUCUUCAGUGGUUGACAACUCUUCAUUUUCUUUUUUCUUUUUUACAUCUUGCUUCUUGACUUUUUUCUAGACUCAGAUAUGACAGGGAGGAGAUGAAGGAAGAAAGCAAGCAGUUGUAAAUAAUGAAGGGGGAAGCCAUGCUAGAUGGUUGAGAUAAACAACUGGUCUAAAUGAUACCACAGGAGACCUUGAUUUACUGUUAAUGUUUUAGAGUGGAAGGGCUUCAACUAUGCACUUUUCCUAUAACAAAACAAAAAUAAAAAGUCUUAACAGUG